AUGAUUAGAUAUAUGUUUCUUCUCGCUAUCGCUUGGUCUGCAAAUGCACAAAGUUUGGACAGCGUGUUUUCGUCUUCAAAUAAUAAUAAAAAGUCGAUUGAGAACCUGAAAUGUUCGAGAAUAGAGCCAAAAGAUGGGGGUGUAUGGCAAGGGUGUUACGACUGCUUCACCUGCGACCAUCCAAGGAUCCGACAGCACUACAAAGCCAAAUCAAUUACGCGCCAAUUAAUUGUCGACGAUAACUGCGCCCCGCUUGAAGUGUGUUGCGUUCAACAAAGUGAAGUUACUAGCAUAAGGAGUCAAGAGAACUGUGGAAAGAGCAACCCUGAAGGUGAUCCGAGACGCGUCAGAUCUACAUUGAGAAGUGUACUUCCCGGACAGUACCCUUGGAGGGCCUGGGUUUAUGCAGGGGAACAAAAACGGUGCCCCGUGUCAUACAUAAACUUCUACCCGGACGUGCUCGUCACGACGGCAACUUGUAUGAAACACGUUACGAAUAACGAAGAUGAUUUGAGCGUACGAUUCGAGCGGGAUCCCAGCAGAGUGGCGAACAUUGCCAGUGUUGUAAUACAUCCUGAUUAUAAUUAUGAUGAUAAAAAUCAGUAUGACAUCGCACUACUGAAGCUGGACACAUCUGUGAAAACUUCUCGCCCUGUGUGUAUACCGGAAAGACAACCGGAAGUAGGCACCACUUGUGUCGCUGUGUCGGAGGAUGAUAUAACCAUAGCAGCUGUUAUACCACCACAAAACCAGUGUAACAAUACAGAAGGAACCCUGUGUGCAUUCGUGCCUCGCUUUGAUUUUAUUCCUGAAUCAGCCAGUGGACUAUUCUGUGUAGAUCAGAGUCAGCAAGGCGAGAAAUAUUUCCUACACGGAAUAAUGUUGAGUUUUGCUGAGAAUCUUAUAAGAUAUACGCGGAUAAGUGACUAUGAGAAGUGGAUCGCUGAUGAAAUAAAAUCUAUGGCUUGA